AUGCAGGCCCUGUGGGCGCUGUCGCCCUUGCUUUUCUCCGCUGCCAGUGCUCUCCCCCAGGCGAGCGUCACCCCGUCUCCUUCGUCGUCUGUUCCGGCGUCGAGCGCCCCUGCUCCCACGGCGACAGCUGGUGGAAACCCAUUCGAAGGAUAUGACCUCUACGUGAACCCGUACUACAAGUCCGAGGUGGAGAGCCUUGCUAUUCCAUCCAUGACCGGCGAGCUGGCUGAGAAGGCCAGCGCUGCGGCCAACGUUCCGUCUUUCCACUGGCUUGACACAACAGCCAAAGUCCCCACAAUGGGCGAAUUCCUCGAAGAUAUCAAGAGCAAGAACGACGCCGGCGCGAAGACAGCGGGUAUCUUCGUCGUGUACGAUCUGCCUGACCGGGACUGCGCGGCGUUGGCCAGUAACGGAGAGUUCCUGAUCAGCGACGGUGGAGUCGAGAAGUACAAGGCGUAUAUUGAUUCCAUCCGGGAGCAGGUGGAGAAGUACUCGGACACGCAGAUCAUCCUGGUUAUCGAGCCCGACAGUCUGGCCAACCUGGUCACCAACCUCAACGUCGAAAAGUGCGCCAACGCCCAGGACGCCUAUCUGGAAUGUACCGACUACGCCCUGAAGCAGCUGAACCUGCCCAACGUUGCCAUGUAUCUUGAUGCCGGCCACGCAGGAUGGCUCGGCUGGCCCGCCAACAUCGGCCCUGCAGCCGAGCUGUACGCCUCCGUGUACAAGAACGCAGGGUCCCCCGCCGCCGUGCGCGGUCUGGCCACCAACGUCGCAAACUACAACGCCUGGUCCAUCGACACAUGUCCUUCCUACACCCAGGGCAGCCAGGUCUGCGACGAGAAGACCUACAUCAACAACUUCGCUCCGCAGCUGAAGAGCGCUGGCUUUGAUGCUCACUUCAUCGUUGAUACGGGCCGCAACGGAAACCAACCCACUGGCCAAAGCCAAUGGGGCGACUGGUGCAACGUGAAGAACACCGGAUUCGGUGUGCGUCCGACCACCGAGACGGGCGAUGAGCUCGUCGACGCUUUCGUCUGGGUUAAGCCCGGUGGUGAGAGCGACGGCACCUCCGAUACCUCUGCGGAGCGCUAUGAUGCGCACUGCGGAUAUGCUGAUGCCUUGACACCUGCUCCUGAGGCUGGUACUUGGUUCCAGGCCUAUUUCGAACAGUUGGUUGAGAAUGCCAACCCCUCUUUGUAA